AGCGCGUGGAAUAUAAAAGUCGAUUUGUAUCAGCAAUUAAGUUCCAGUUUUCAGAGCAUUUGGAUUCCUCACCUUUAUUUUGGCGAAUACCUAUUGAAGAUGUCCAGUUCCAAGGCAGAGGCUGAUAAAAAGAGGAGCCCUAAGGCGCCAAGCCAUGGCAGCGUCAUGGUGGGAGUUUCAUUUGCUGAUGGCAUUAUCUUGGCCAUCAAUUCAGUGAACAAUCUGAUUUACUAUUUGGAUGAUCAUAUCUACUGCUGCGCAAAUGGCGCCGGAUACGAUCGCGAAUUGUUGGUAGACGUGUCCACAAAACUGGAGGGUUCGCGCGUGGCUCGUUCUCAGAUUUUGGUGUCUCAAGCGGUGGAACUGAUUAAUAGGCUGUGUGACCAGGCAGAGCCCACGGACCUGCUGCUGGCUGGCGAGGAUGUGACUGGCCUGCACUUGCUGACAAUGAAAGCCCCGCACACCACUUCGCUGGUCGAUUUUGCGGCACUGGGCGACGGAGCUACUGGACCGUCUGGACCCGCCGAAUAUCUGAAAGCCCACUGGCAACCGGACAUGACUCUUAAGCAGGCGGAAGCUCUGGCCCGCCGAACUGUCACCUUGGGUAGUACGAAAAAUGUUUGCGUCGAUGUGUGCAUCGUAUUCAAGCAACCUCCUCCUCGGACGGAAUGCCUGACCUCUCUGAGGCGUUAUAAUCAAAAGCAGAGCUAAUUUAGCGAUCCAUUUGGUCUGACUGAUUUGCUGUUAAUUCUUAAAUGUUUAUCUGGCAGCAUAAAUAAAUGAAUAGCUGAUGCUCCGCUGGCUCUAAGUAAUUAACCACA